ACGUAGCAGAGGCCCAACGGAGAGGAAGUGGUCCCACCGUGGACGAGUAGCCACCAAAUGUAGACAGCAUUAGUGAAAGGCAGUGAGGAUAUCCAACGAGUGAUUACAGGUUUACUCGCGAGACACGAUCAGUUAAGAAACAGACAACAGAACCGUAGGCAUCUGUGAAAAUCCCUGCCACUCUCUAUUUGUUCAGAGGUGUGUUUCAGCCUAAAUGAGGGGAAGCAUCAGGUGUUGAUCAGGAGACACUUUAUCAUGAAGCCCAGAUUAAGUUUUAACUGUCAGUCCAGAGAGUAUCACUUAUUACCUUAAACUUGUGAAAGAGGAGGAUGAUGGUAUGAGAUAAAGUGGACGACUGGAGGAGCCCAGUCCCCUCACCUGCACCUCUUUGAAGCAUGGCAGGCCUACAGCUCGUCACCCCUGCCACGUCACCCAUGGGGCCUUUCUUUGGUCUGCCGUGGCAGCAGGAGGCGAUCCACGAUAACAUCUACACACCUAGGAAAUAUCAGGUAGAACUUCUUGAAGCAGCUCUUGAACAUAAUACUAUCGUCUGCUUGAAUAGUGGCUCAGGGAAGACCUUUAUUGCAGUACUUCUAACAAAAGAGCUCUCCCACCAAAUCCGUGGAACUUACCAAGAAAAUGCGAGGAGGACCGUUUUUCUGGUGAACUCAGCUCUGUCUGUAGUUCAGCAGGCAGCUGCAGUCCGGACUCACUCAGACCUCCAGGUGGGAGAGUACAUAAAUCUGGAGGAGACCUCAGCAUGGACCGACCAACAGUGGAGUCAGGAGAUUAUUGAGAAUCAGGUGUUGGUCAUGACGUGCCACAUGUUCCUGCACAUCCUGAAGAAUAAAAUCUUACAGUUGUCUAAAAUCAACCUGGUGGUUUUCGAUGACUGUCACCUGGCCAUCACGGACCACCCUUACUGUGACAUCAUGAAGCUUUUUGAGGGCUGCUCAGGUAGCUCUCGUAUCCUCGGUCUCACAGCCUCUAUUCUGAACGGGAAGUGUGACCCGUCGGAACUGGAGCACAAGAUCCAGAAUCUGGAGAGGAUCCUGAAGAGCAACGCUGAAACUGCCACUGACCUUGUCGUCCUGGACAGGUACGCCUCUCAGCCCAGAGAGGUGGUUCUGGACUGUGGUCCCUACGUGGAUAAGAGCGGCCUCUCGUCCCGGCUGCAGGAGGAGCUCGAUGAAGCUCUCCACUUCCUGAAUGACUGUAACAUACCUGUUGCAAGAGAGGACCGCGACCCAACAUUCAUCUCUAAACAGGUCCUGAGUGACUGCCGGGCCGUGCUGCAGGUACUGGGACCCUGGUGUGCGGACAAGGCUGCGGGCAUCAUGGUUCGGGAGCUCCAGAAGUACAUCAAACACGAGCAGGAGGAGCUGAACCGCAAGUUUCUGCUCUUCACCGACACCAUCCUGCGAAAAGUGCACGCGCUCUGCGAGGAGCACUUCUCCCCCGCAUCGCUGGACCUCAAGUUUGUCACCCCGAAAGUCCUCCGGCUGCUCGAGAUCCUCCACGAGUACAAGCCGUUCGAGCGGCAGCAGUUUGAGAGCGUCGAGUGGUACAACAACCGCAACCAGGACAACUACGUGUCCUGGAGCGACUCGGAGGAUGAAGAUGAAGAUGAGGAGGUGGAGGCUAAAGAGAGACCUGAGGCCAACUUCCCCUCACCGUUCACCAACAUCCUCUGUGGGAUCAUCUUUGUGGAGAGGAGAUACACCGCUGUAGUCCUCAACCGUCUGAUCAAAGAGGCCGGGAAGCAGGACCCGGAGCUGGCCUACAUCAGCAGCAACUUCAUCAUCGGCCACAGCAUCGGCAAGAACCAGCCGAGGAACAAACAGAUGGAGGUGGAGUUCAGGAAACAGGAGGAGGUUCUACGUAAAUUUCGUGCCCAUGAAACCAACCUGCUGAUCGCCACCAGCAUCGUGGAGGAGGGUGUAGAUAUCCCAAAGUGUAACCUGGUGGUGCGGUUCGACCUGCCCACGGAGUACAGGUCCUACGUCCAGUCCAAAGGCCGAGCUCGAGCCCCCGUCUCCAACUACAUCAUGCUGGCUGACAGCGAGAGGACCAAAACCUUUGAGGACGAUCUCACCACCUACAAGGCCAUAGAGAAGAUCUUAAGGAACAAGUGCUCCAAGUCGGUGGAGGUGAGUGAGUGCGAGGUGGAGCAGGUGACGGAUGACGACAACAUCCUCCCACCGUAUGUGCUGCGAUCUGAAGACGGAGGUCCUCGUGUCACCAUCAACACAGCCAUCGGACACAUCAACAGGUAUUGUGCCCGGCUGCCCAGUGACCCGUUCACACACUUAGCACCCAAAUGUAGAACUAAGGAGAUGCAAGAUGGACGCUUCCAGUCCACACUGUACCUACCCAUCAACUCCCCCCUGAGAGUCCCUGUAAAGGGUCCGAUCAUGAUCUGUGCCAGACUGGCAGAGAAAGCAGUUGCACUACUAUGCUGUGAGAAACUCCACAAAAUGGGUGAGUUGGAUGAUCACCUGAUGCCGGUGGGGAAGGAGACAGUGAAGUACGAGGAGGAGCUGGACCUUCAUGAUGAAGAGGAGACCAGCGUACCAGGCCGGCCCGGCUCUACCAAGAGGAGGCAGUGCUACCCUAAAGCCAUACCAGAGUGUCUGCGGGACAGCUACGCUGUACCUGGACAGACAUACUACCUAUAUGUGAUCGGGAUGGUCCUCACCACACCUCUCCCUGAUGAGCUCAACUUCCGUAGGAGGAAGCUCUACCCACCCGAGGACACCACCAGGUGCUUCGGCAUCCUGACUGCCAAACCCAUACCUCGAAUCCCACAUUUCCCUGUGUACACUCGCUCGGGUGAGGUGACCAUCUCCAUCGAACUGCAGAAGUCCGGCUUCUCUCUCACCACCGCCCAGCUUGACCUCAUCACGCGCCUGCACCAGUACAUUUUCUCCCACAUCCUCCGCCUGGAGAAACCUGCACUAGAGUUCAAGCCCACGCUGGCUGACUCUGCGUACUGCGUUCUACCUCUGAAUGUUGUUGGGGAAACCGACACUCUCGAUAUGGACUUUAAGUUUAUGGAGGACAUUGAGAAGUCUGAGGCUCGCACUGGCAUUCCUACCACUCAGUACACCAAGCAGAACCCCUUCAACUUCAAGCUUGAGGACUACCAGGAUGCUGUCAUCAUUCCAAGGUAUCGUAACUUCGACCAGCCUCAUCGCUUCUACGUUGCUGACGUGUACACAGACCUGACGCCGCUCAGCAAGUUCCCUUCACCGGAGUACGAGACGUUUGCUGAGUACUACAAAACCAAGUACAACCUGGACCUGUCCAAUCUGAACCAGCCUCUCCUGGACGUGGAUCACACCUCCUCCAGACUGAACCUUCUGACUCCUCGUCACCUGAACCAGAAGGGUAAAGCCCUGCCGCUCAGCAGUGCAGAGAAGAGGAAGGCCAAGUGGGAGAGUCUUCAGAACAAACAGAUCCUGGUUCCAGAGCUGUGUGCCAUCCACCCGAUCCCAGCCUCCCUGUGGAGGAAAGCAGUGUGUCUGCCCAGCAUCCUGUACCGUCUCCACUGCCUCCUGACGGCCGAAGAGCUCAGAGCCCAGACAGCCAGUGAGGCUGGAGUUGGAGCCAAGACCCUCCCCCCUGAUUUCAGGUAUCCAAACCUGGACUUUGGCUGGAAGAGAUCCAUCGACAGCAAAACCUUCAUCACCUGUACCGAGUCCUGCAGCGAUGAUGAUGAGGGUCCCUGUACACACCAAGAGACUGUAACCCCUGACCCUGACCCCGACUCCCUCACACACCCCAGCAGCCACCACUCUUCCCCCCUGAAGCCCGGAGAGACCCCCUGCACGAGGAACCUAACCAACGGCACUGCCCCUGUCGCCAACUGUGACGACGACGGCCACCAACACGAGCACCUUCACCAACAUGACAAUUGCCAACGCUCGCAGCCUGACCCCCUCGAGCUGCAGAGCCCCGAAUCAAUACAAACCACUACCUCAGUUUCUGUGCAGCCCUCUCCCAGCGUGAAGAAGCCCAGCUCCAGUCCUCCACAGCCCAGCGAUGAAUGUACAGCAGGGAGGACCUCAGACCACAAAAAUAAAGCUACCUCAGUCUGCAGCCGGGCAGCCACGGGUCCCCACACUCACACAGCACCUUCACCCGACCUCCCCACUGUCCCCCAGCACAGAGCAGAGGCAGGGGACUCCCCCAAAAGCCUGGGGCCUAACCCGGGUCUCAUCCUGCAGGCCCUGACCCUAUCCAACGCCAGCGACGGCUUCAACCUGGAGAGGCUGGAAAUGCUCGGGGACUCUUUCCUCAAACAUGCCAUCACCACCUACCUGUUCUGCACCUACCCCGACGCUCAUGAGGGACGACUCAGCUACAUGCGCAGCAAGAAGGUGAGCAACUGUAACCUGUACCGCCUGGGGAAGAAGAAGGGUCUCCCCAGCAGGAUGGUGGUGUCCAUCUUUGACCCCCCUGUGAACUGGCUGCCUCCUGGAUACGUGGUCAACCAGGACAAGAGCAGCACGGACAAACUGGACUCAGAGGAGGCCAAAGAGGAUGUUCUUGCUAACGGACGCUCUGAAAACGAGUAUGAUGAGGAGGAGGAGGAAGAGGAGGAGGAGGAGGAGGAAGACGAGGAGGAGGCUCAGCAGAUGGAAGAUGAAGCUGAGCUGAUGCUGAAGGAAGAGCCGAAGGAUGAAGUGAACAUGGAGGACGACCUGGAGUACUACAAGGAGCACAUCAAGUUCAUAGACAACAUGCUGCUGGGAUCCGGUGCGUUCGGUAAGAAGAUCUCUCUGAGCGGCUUCCCUCCUUCCCUCACCCCAGCCGCGGCCUCCGCCCCCGCCGUGGAGUCGCCGUACGACUGGAAGGCCCCAAAGAAGCCCCUCCACCCCACCACGGCCCACUUCCCCUCUGAACCUGCACCCAGCGGACCCUCCGCGGAGGAGUUCGACUACAGCUCGUGGGACGCCAUGUGUUACCUGGACCCCAGUAAAGCCGGGGAGGAGGACGACUUCGUGGUCGGCUUCUGGAAUCCGUCGGAGGAGAACUGCGGCGCCGAGCUCGGUAAGCAGUCCAUCUCGUACGACCUGCACACUGAGCAGUGCAUCGCAGACAAGAGCAUCGCUGACUGUGUGGAGGCGCUGCUGGGCUGCUACCUGACCAGCUGUGGAGAGAGAGCCGCACAGAUGUUCCUCUGCUCGCUGGGCCUCAAGGUCUUACCGUUGGAGAGAGGAGCCCUGACGGCAGCAGAGGGGCAGGACCAUCACACAGCCAAUGACCUGUGCUACGGUUGGCUGAAGAUCCCGCCCCGCUGCAUGCUGGCACAUCCGGAUGCAGAGCGCACCCUCAACCACCUCAUCUCCGGCUUUGAGAACUUUGAAAAAAAGAUCAACUACACCUUUCAGAACAAGGCCUACCUGCUGCAGGCCUUCACCCACGCUUCCUACCAUUACAACACCAUCACAGAUUGUUACCAGCGGCUGGAGUUCCUCGGUGAUGCAAUUCUAGACUACCUCAUAACAAAGCACCUUUAUGAAGACCCGCGGCAGCACUCUCCCGGCGUGCUGACCGACCUGCGCUCCGCUCUCGUCAACAACACCAUCUUUGCCUCGCUGGCCGUCAAGUACGACUACCACAAGUACUUCAAGGCGAUCUCGCCCGAGCUGUUCCACGUCAUCGACGACUUUGUUCAGUUUCAGCUGGAGAAGAACGAGAUGCAAGGCAUGGACUCUGAGCUGCGUCGCUCUGAAGAAGACGAGGAGAAGGAGGAGGACAUCGAGGUCCCGAAGGCCAUGGGGGACAUCUUUGAGUCUCUAGCCGGAGCCAUCUACAUGGACAGCAGGAUGUCACUGGAGACGGUGUGGCAGGUGUAUUAUCCAAUGAUGAGGCCACUCAUAGAGAAGUUCUCUGCCAACGUGCCACGCUCUCCUGUGAGGGAACUGCUCGAGAUGGAACCAGAAACUGCCAAGUUCAGCCCUGCAGAGAGGACGUACGACGGGAAGGUGCGGGUGACGGUGGAGGUUGUGGGAAAGGGCAAGUUCAAAGGAGUUGGCCGCAGCUACCGGAUCGCCAAGUCAGCGGCGGCGCGUCGAGCUCUGCGCAGCCUCAAAGCCAAUCAACCUCAGGUCCAAAACAACUGAGCUCAGCAUUAGCACCUAAGCUAUCGACGCUAACGGAGAGAAAGCACCGUCGGCCUUCCCGAACACGGCGCGAUGCACGCCGGGGGGAACAGCGCGUGGAGACGCAGCGGAGGAAGAAGCAGACUGAUCUCACAACAGAUUUCACUUUGGAUCAUUUUCUUUUAUGUUUUUUUUGUCCCCCCCCCCUUUUUUUUGUUUUUUGCGCAAACACAAUCUUUACUUUCCCUCUCUGCUUUGUGUAAUCACAUGAGUGCUUUAUUAACGUUUAGCAAAGUGUUAAAAAAAAAAAAGGUCAGGUCGCAAUGUCUACUCCUCACUGUUUCUGAUGACUUUGUUAACCUCCGUGUCAGUGAGACGAGGCUUCUGCUUAUUGUGUAGUGUUAGAUUGUACAUAGUUCAAUCAAAGGUGUAAAUCAAAGUAUGUAGGAAGAAGAAAAAAAAACAAAAAACGCUAAACUCCUCAGCCUGUGCACUAGUGCCAGUCAGUUUUAAAGCGCUUUUUUUGAAAACGCUAACGGCAGACGUGGCUCACAGAUACCACUGGAGAAAAAGAUCUGGUGGCACCUCUGUCUGAAACCUGUCUUGAAUGGUAUUCUUAAUCAUUUUUGCACUUAUUCCAUUAGGGUCUGUUACUUUUGAGAAUUGUGUGGUCACAUUGACACCAAAAUCAUUUACGUAGCAAAGUAUAUAAAUAUAUAUGAAAAUAAUAAAAACACAUGAAUGAUAUUCUCAGCCCUCGACGCUGAGGCUCACCCUCGUGUCCUGCAGAAAGGAGAGGAAUUUCAACAUUCCCAGUUACUGUAAUUUAAACUCGUUUUUAACCGCACUUGGGGUUGCAUGUUCUUGUAGCUUGUGUGUAAACCAUGACAACUGGAUGGCUUCUUUUAAGUGUUUAAAUCUAUGGAUUAUCUAUCUAAAGAGUGUGUGAGCGCCACGUUUAGAUGUUUAUGGCAUUAUCUCGGUGAUUCGGUUUAACAUGUUUUGAUACAAAGAGUGAAUGGAAGUAAAAUCUUUGCGCACUAAAAUGUCUUUCAGCCGAGCAGAUCAUCCAGUUUUGAUAUAAAAAGAGAGAGAGACGUAUCACACGUUCGAUAUAUGCUGCAGACUUUUCUACUAAUUGGAUACUCGACACGCAGAAUCUUUUCAGAUAAACAGUCUUUGUGAAAAAAGGCCGAUUCGUUUCAACACACUAGUGUUCCUCACAUCCCGAACCUACCAAAGCUAUAACAGAUGUGACACUAUGAGGUUGAAGUCGAUCCCUGGGAUAAGGAUACCAGCCUUUUUUUUUUUCUUUGUGGUUUCUGUUCAGUUAAAUUUUGCUUCUUGCUAAAUGUCUUUUUUUUUUUCUCAUCAAUAAGCCCUUUUUUUUUUUUUGUCUUCACGUGAAUACCUCAGUUAAUUGCAUGCAUUUUCUUGUCUUUAUUUUCUUUUUGUUUGGUGCUAUGUUUUUGUAUUAAGCUUGAAUUUCUCAUCUUUUUUGCACUGUAACUAUAAUACCUCUUUAUUUGACCUUUUUUUUAUUUUAAGUUUUGGAAAUCUGUUCGGUUUGGUUGUCCCGUUCGUCAGCCAUCAAGCUGUAGGAGAGAGCUGCGUCGUCGUCUUUUCCCCCCCUCUCCCGUACUUGAGGUCGACACUUUUCGUGGAGGGGUGGGGGGGCAGGAAGUCUACUCUCUGCACAUAAGCAUAACUUUCUCUUUUUUUAUUUUCUCAUCCAUAAGCAGCGAGUUUCAUCAGAGGAGAAUCUGCUUUUAGAGUCCUGCGUUAAAGAAGCGGACUGAUGGAUCAGGGAGGGGACGUGCUGGCAGACGUAGUCUGGACGCACUCUUUGGAAACUGAAGGUUUUAAAAAAAACAAAUCUGACUCACUGACAAGGUUUAAGCGAGACCCAGUUUCUUCCCAGCACAGAAGAUCAGCUUCAGCCUGCAGCUAUAAAACAGGAGUGUUAUCAUCUA